AUGGAUACCCCUUCUAUCGAGAGCAUUGAAAAUUUAUGCCAGGACUUUGAUUCGGUAUCGGAACUAACAUCAUGCUACUACUGCCAGCUCGAAGAACCUGUUUCAUAUAUUGCGUGGAUGGCCUCCUCCGAUGUCGACCAAAAAUUCUUGGGCUUAUACGCGGAACGGACCAGCCAUGACAACCCAUUUCUCUCUGCGAUGCUUUAUAAGACCCUCGGACUUUCGGUGAUAUUAUCCAAAAAACUUCUUCGGGCCCGCAAGCUACGACGAUUAGAUCCAACGCGGGAAACUAAAUCCCUUCAUCUGUACCACCAUAUACUAUGGCUUUCGCGUGAGGGUUUGAUUAUAGUUGAGCAAUACAUCCUUCCCAUGGUUGCUGACUACAUAACCCUCAAAACUUUGGCAUAUAAACUUCGAGCGUCUUUCUACCAUAUAAUCGUUCUUUUCCACAAUCAACCAAGGGUUUAUCAGUCACGAAUCCAUACCUUUCCUCCGUCUAGCUCGCAUGUCGACGUUACCUCUCACUCCCAAAAUAGCCCAAUUGAACUAGAUACCUCUAGUAACCGCGAUUCUAUCGUCCCAUCCCCCCCGCCAAGCAUAGGUGGGCCUGUUGGCGGCGGAAGCCGUGUACACCUUCGCCCUCCAGGCCUAGGAAUAGAUCCUGAAACCCCUAAAUUUGCGGCAUCUUUCAUACUUCCAGCAAUAGAUUACACUCCCCGCGCAAGUGAAAGUUUCAGUUACGCAGCAUAUCUUGCUGAAGAGCUGCUUCCCGGUUCUCACCCAAUCAGACUUUCCGUCAAGCUAGAAUACGCUGCCUAUUUGUAUGAUUGUGUUCAUGAUGCUGCAGCCUGCAGACGGGUGGCUAAAAAAGCCAUCGCUGAUGUAUACAAUGCUCAAGAAGGGAUGGACGACGAGUCUUUUGAAGAUGCUGCACAGUUAGUUGGAGUUCUUGGCAAAAUGGUCAAGAGGGGAGCAAAAGCAGGCAGCGCGGCUGGUAGCAGUGCUGGAGUUGAUAAAUCUUGGAGCGAAGGGAGCCAGACGACGCCGACGCGCACCGGCGUGAGUGGAGAAAAUACGCCACGAACGUGGCAUAAGCGCGUGCCUUCAACAGAUGGGGCUGUGGGUUCGCCGGGUGUGCACAUUCCGGGCGAUGGGACACCGAUCUAA